UUAGCUUGAGUUUGAUUUCGCUGUUGCACGGAACCAACUGUGCCAUGAGGUGCAAUUUGACGGUGAGGGACAAAGCUGCUGUUGUUCAUAAAUUCUUUAGAAAAAUGCAGCUGGCUCGGUUGUGAUUUGAUGUCUUAGCAACUUUGACACGAGCUGCUCUAGCUUCUCAAUUCAUUUUGGUUUUCAGCAAGAUUCAUCAUCACUAUGGAAAAAGUUCGAUAAUCUCGAGCCCUUCUAAUUUUCAUUUCGUGUAUAAUCUCUAACGGCGACAGUCCCUCAAGAUCGCUGAACGAGUUAUCCUUGUUAGUUUAAAAUAACGUCUUCGUUAUGACGGAGAUUCAGUUACAACCUGGAGACGAGGAACUCUUGGGGCUCUGCGCCCCCAGCCCGUCGACUGCUCCGGCUGGGGACCGCCAGUCCCCGGCGUUCGAUUUGAACGAAAUUUCAGGGAAUCCGUUCCAUUUUAACAUGGCGGGCGCCGUGAUGAACGUGAGCAAUUCUGAGGUGCAGUUCGGCGCCAAGAUCGUGGCAUCUCCGACACCCGAGACUCCCGUCAUCAACAUCCGAGACGCAGGUAGCCAUGAGAGUGUGGGUGUGUCGUCCUCCCCUCUCCCCCCUGGGGACCAGAAGGCCCUGCACAUACAAAUAACUCCCCACGGCCCCGUCGAGGCCACAAGCAACGGCAGCGUGUUAUUGCCCCUGGAUCACAGCCUCACCGCCGACGCGGUGCCUUCCCCGCGUCUGAGGGGCGCCAGCCCUUCCCCCAGGGGCGUCAGCAAGUCCAUGUCUUCCCCCAUCCCCCAGUCCGCUCCACCCCACGAUGGUGAUCAGCCGUCUCUGCCAGCCGUUCGGGACCACACGCUGUCCCCCAGGAGUCCUCUCUCCCCCAGCGGGCUGCCCCUGGCACACACUGGCGGGCAACCCACAUUCGUCAACUCUAAAAUACACAAUGGCACUCAAAUCGUGAUCACGUACACCAACUGCGGCCGUAAGUCGUGCGCGACGGGCUGUCGGGAUGGGUCGUGUCGCCACGCCGCCUCCCCGGCACCAGCCCUGCAAGGUCUGGACGAAGCCGUGGUCAUGUUCCACGAGAUCCUGCAGCGCCGCUACCGUCAGCGCUCGCGGUCACCGCUGCUGCCCUGGCACCUCGGACGCCUGAUCGCGCCCCUGGAGGACUAUUACCUUGACCCGCGCAUCUUCUCCGUGGACCGCCGCGGGCUGCCCACCACCACCGCCGUGGACCUCUCCCAGCUGCUCCGCACCGCCGACAGCGAGACACGUUUCCUGGUGGAGGGGGAGGCCGGGAUGGGCAAGACGUUGCUGUCUGCCCGCCUGGCGCAGGAGUGGGCGGAGGGCGGCGACCUCGGCCACUUCAGACUCGUGCUGCUCAUUUCCCUGAGCGACUACCAGGGCAGCAUCGAGCAGUACAUCCAGGACGAGAUCCUACCUUCCUACUUCGACCCGGAGAAGUUUCGUCAAGUAUGGGAUUACUGGCGUAAGUACGAGAAGGCGAUAUUAUUCAUCCUGGACGGCUACGACGAGAUGGGGCAGUACGACAAAUGUGACGUUCAGAACCUCAUCAACGGGCAGGACUUCCCCAACAGCCGCGUCCUGGUGACCUCCCGCCCCGCGGCUCUGCAGUGCCUUGCCACGAGACUCGUCGUCAAGGGCUUCGACGAGCACCAAAUGUGGAAGUUCAUCGAGAAAUACUUCGAUAUCGUCAAGGACAGCAACUGUGGCGAGUCUCUUCAGGAAAUUCUUGCGCGACAUCCCAAGUACAGGAAGCUAGCGGAGAGGCCUUUGUUCUGCGUGCUGCUGUGCAUGUUAUAUGAGAGCGACAACGCCAACAAGGAGCUGCCGGACAGCAUGUCUGAUAUGCUCCACAAGAUCAUGCUGUGCCUCAUCAAGUGGAAGAAGUCGAGGAACCGAGAAGCCAAUGCUGAAAUGGACGGUUUACCCGCAGAAUACCAACAAGCUUUCGACCAUCUCGGCAAACUUUGCGUUCAGGCCAUCAAGAGUGACAGACAUCGCUUCAGCGACGAAGAUUUGAGGACAGUUCCUCAUUUCGAAGACAUCUGCCAGUUAGGAUUCCUCUACAAUGAAGAUGAAAGCGAUGCUUUGCGUGUUCAGGUACAGAAGUUCUGGAAGCCUGUGCACCAAACCUUCGUUGAAUAUUUGGCCGCCCUGCACAUGGCGAACCACAUUCGUCGCUGUCGCUGUGGCUGCCGCCAGUGCUGGAAAUUCGCGUCUCUUUUGGAACGGAAAGACUCGGAAGUGCUACCAUUUACAGCUGGAAUUCUCUCCUCUUACGCACAUCGGCUUUUUUCCAUCACUAGGUACCCACGAUUACAAAAUUUGCCCGAAUUGACACUUCUGGCGUUGCUGAAAGAAGCUGGGCCGCACCAGGCCAACAAGAGAAUCAUCGCUCGUCUGCUGGACCAAGAAUCAGUUGUGCUGUCUACCAACGAGGCUCACAUUGAAGGCUGGACGCAUUUGCUUCCGGAAAAAUUCAGCAAAUUGCAUUCGCUGGAGCUUGUAUGGAGAAUCAAAAGCUCCAAUCCGGACCAAGAAAGCUCGUUUGUCGAAGCCUCAGCGGAGCAACUCAGUGCUUUCUUCAAAGCUCUGCAUCUGAACGGAAGUGUAAAGAACAUAAAGAUUCGAGCUAAACAAGACGGUGCCCACUUCACCGAAGACAAAUUGCUCAUGUUCUUCAGCGACAUCCAUCACCUGUACUCCAAGAAGGGACUCAAGAUCCUCGAGUUCCGCGACAUGAAGAUCGAUCUUGGCAAGCAUCUCAAGAAUUCCUUUGAGAUCGCCAGUACCAUUGACGAUUCGGUGAGUGCAUUAGAAGAUAUUUUAGUGGAGUGGUGGAGUGGUGGACGGUGGAGUGUGUCGAUGAACAAGGCGCUGCUGGUGAACGUGUUUGGCAGCGCUGAUGAGGUGGCCGACUUCUCUCCCUCAACGAUGGGCUCAGAGCUCAAGCCGCUGCGCAUACGCAAGAACGCCGCACAGAAAAGCCACGACGAGUUCACGCUGCACGAACACGACAACGACGACUCCCCUAACGCCUCCCAGCCUUCAAGCCCCGCGAUACCUUUGUCCUCCGUGGGGAAUGGGAGUGCCGAGGCGGGGUACAGCAGCAGUGAGGACACCCAGAGCGUGGGGGCGGCCACCCCCGCGCUUCACCCGUGCACUGAAUUCCCCUUCCUAUUUGACGUCAAGGGAGACGACAUCAAGAAGGUGCCACAGGCGCGCCAUUAUUGGUUCAUCAGGGCAAGCGAGACGCGCCUGCCGCUGCCUCUGUGCGUGACGAGCGAACACAAGUCUGUGUUCCACUACCUGUUCGCUGCGCUGCCGGAGUCGCGGCUGCAGACGCUCAGUCUGGACCAGCCUCAGUUCUACCUCACCAUCGCCGACCUCGUCUGUCUCGGUGACGCCGUCAGGCAGGCGCCGCACCUCAAGACGCUCGACUUGCAACGACUCAGAGAAGUGAAGAGCUACAUGCCGAUCUUGAUCGCGUUGGGUCAGUCGGAGAGCAUUGAGACCGUGAAGCUCUCGUCUGACCAGGUCACCGUCAAGGACGCGGCCUUCCAGCUCGCCUGCACCGCCCUACGCAACAACACGUCCCUCAGGACCCUACACUGCGACCACUGGAACUUCCAACUCCAGGACAAGGCGUCUGCGCUGCAGCAGGCGUCGUCGGUGCUGCGCAGCUGGCGCGUACAGGAGCUCAGCCUGCGCCACUGCACCGUCCGCUUCGGCGACCCCAGCGGCCGGGGGACCUUGUCUCAGCUCAUGCUGUCCCCUCCCAUCGUGACCAGCAUCCCCCCUCCCAUCCCUCAGCAGCACGAGUGUAGUGCCCUCACCUCCCUCAACCUGGCGGAGGUGGAACUGGUGGACGUGGGGCCCAGGCGGGGGCCGUUGCUGCUGCCUGCCCUCAGGGGCUUCACGAGCUUGGUGACGCUGGACCUAUCAGCCAGCCUUUCCCGACCGUCUCGCCUCGACGACGCUGCUUGCCAGCAAUGCUUCCGCCUACUGGCGACAAUCCCGCUGCUCCGCGACCUCACUCUCAACUCGUGGCAGUUCAACCUCUCCGAGACCGAAGCUCAAUUCGACAAAUUCUGCGACGCAUUACGUCAGUGCAAAAACAUUAAGGACGUUAAACUGCACAACGUCAACGAACAUCGUCCGCACAAGAACCAUCUGGCGACGUGUACCACGUCUCUACUACAUGCCUUCGUCAGUUCCCUACCGAGCCUCGAGAGCGUCUCCGUCUGCUUCUACACCGUCAACGCCAGGAACAUGGACGAGGAGAUGGCCGCUUGGCUGGCGGGCUGCCUUUACCAGCACUGGAACAAGUUCAGCUUCACCUUGCAGGUUUUUGGCGUGUCUUCGAGUGUGGCAUCAACCCUGAAGAACGGCUUCUCUCAGCCCCUCUGCCUCACCAAGGAGAAAGACGGACCACCUCGCGUCCUCACCCUCGCCGUCAGAAGACCUGUUAUGCCCUCCCUGUGCUCCUUGCGCAACACCUUCAGGAGGGUGGUCACUUCUUGACGAUCUUCGUAGCUUUCUGUCGUGGUACACAUCUUACGAUAUUAUUAUUAUCCUACGAAUGACAAUCGGACAUGUAAUGCCGUGUAAGCGAAACAAGCUUGGGUGAUGCACGAUAAGAGGCAGCUCCUUUUUAAACGUUGGCUGAUGAAGAUGAUCGUAAAUAAUUCCCCUUACUUUAUUGAGUACGAAUACUGCUAUAGUGAAAAUCAGACCUUCUAGUCUGAGUGUUUAAUUCUUAUCAAAUGGCUUCUCUGACAGAAAUGUUUUUACGGUUAUUGCAAUAUUUGUGAGUUGAGAGUAAUACCGAUUAAUUACUUGAUGGGUGAGUUUCGAAUGAAUAGAUGUUAGCAGGUUGACUGACGAGAGAUAAUUAAAAAGUUUCGUCUCAGAAGUGUAAAUGUUCGCAAAUAAUAUUUGCCUAUAGAAACUCAGUUGCUGAAGGCGCUCGUGACGUGAAUCUUACCUGAUGCAAUUGAAAGAAACAAAAAAUUUGCUAACAUUAAACUUAUUAUAAUGACAUUCAUUUGUAAAAUAAAUUUUCGUCACUGAUAAUGCUUUGAAAUAAUCUUUUAGGUACGGUAUCGGGACGCAAUGUAAAUAAUUAUUUUUAUAAAUAAUUUGCCGUUAUUUUGUCGCUAAUGCCGUUGUUUUGUCGCUAAUGCCGUUAUUUUGUCGCUUAAUUCGUUGUCUUGAGAGUGAAUGCUUUUUUUUUUGUUUCUGUAAGAUGCGCGAUCGGUAUACGGUGGUGCUCAAGCAGGUAGCUGUGCUUUAGGCGCGUGUAGCUUAUUCUCAAUGUGCAACAAAGCCAAUUCCAUCGACCUAGGUCACUGGUAUGAAGUGUUCCAGGCUCGUACACUGUCCCGUUCUAGCAUUACUCACGUCAUAUAUCGAGUAUGCAGGCGUUAAUAUUGGCAUAGUGGUCAUGGCAUGAGACUUCUUCGUUUAGAAUUACCAUGUCUAGCGAAGCCGCGUCUUCAAGGCGUCUGGCAUCUCUUGGGUAGCCUGGUAGUCGAGAGAUUGUUGGCACUUUUGAGUCCAUGGCCACGGUUUUUGAACAGAAGCGCAUUUGUGGUCUGCGGUUCAAUAGUUUGUACGAUUGUGUUUGGCUGGAGGGAAUGUACUUUAUUGCUAUAAGAUAUUUACUGCCUGUCGCGCUGAGGGAGGUAUAGUACAGACUAUCACACUGCCCUGCGGCAUUCACCCUAAUUGUAGCUGAAGAGGAGAUACGACGUUCCCACCUGCUCUCUCAAGCAUCGCUCAUGCAAAAAUUGCUGGAUAUAUGUAGGGUCUAUUGCUCUUGAUGCCGAUUUUGUGGAUUAAUUGCUAUUUUUAAUGACUCAAUAGGCGUUCGCGUUGCAUCUGAGAUCGCAAAGCUUUGAUUUAAUUGAGACACGCGAGGCUCUUCCUUAUUACGACAAAAGCGAUAUGACAAUAAGUA